CACAUGCUCAACCUUUCCAACAACAAUCUCAUUGGUCAACUUCCAUCUUCAUUAGGGAAUCUAACUGAGCUUGAAUCGUUGGACCUUUCUCAAAACAAGUUCUCAAGAGAGAUACCUUUGCAGCUAAUUCAACUCAACUUCCUUGAAAUCUUCGAUGUCUCUCAUAAUCAUCUCACAGGUUCUAUUCCACAAGGAAGGCAAUUUGAUACAUUUGAAAACAGUUCGUAUAAAGGGAAUUCAGGAUUGUGUGAAAAGCCUUUGUCCAAGAAAUGUGGAAAUUUAGUAGCAUCACCACCACCAACACUUUCAAAAUUCAAGCAAGGUGAUGAUUCAUGGGUUUCAAUUGACAAAAGUGAUUGGACUGUGAUAUGCAUAGGGUAUGGAGGUGGGUUGGCAGUUGGACUGAUCAUUGGGCACACUCUGACAGCAAGGUAUCAUGAAUGGUUUGUCAACACUUUUGGAAGGAACCAAAAGAAGCGAGGAAGGAAGAAAAACAGCAAGCGAAGAAGCUAAAUUUGACGAGUUCAUCUUCUUCAUUCAUGGUGACAUCAAGAAAAUAAUUUCAGAUGUAGCAUGGAGUUUCUGUUGGAAAUAGUGGCCU